AUGGUAUCAAUGCCUUCCUGCAGGAUCAGGUCUAUGACAAAGACAGCUCUCAAAGCGUCUUUGAUGGUGCUGGGAGCUGGCGUGACUUACAGUGUCGGCUACGCGUACCUGGCACAUCAAAGAUCGGAGGAAAUCCGUAGAAGGUGGGAGAUAACAAGGGAAGAAGUUGAUCGAGAGCUGCGUCAUGCCAAGGACAUCCCUCUGAUCGAUCUUGUCCCUCGUGCAUUCCAGCUUGUGUUGAUCUUCAGUCCUGUCGGGGCGCUUGCGAUCCCAGCUUAUUAUUUCGAAUGGAUGAGGGAGUUCUGGUAUUCUUUACUUCGCAAGACUCUGGAGCUGUCUGGAGCUGCAUUCAUCAAGUGGGGGCAGUGGGCCGCAACUAGGCCGGACAUCUUCCCAAAGGAAAUGUGCGAUCACCUGAAAGCGCUCCAUGCUUCAGUUCCCCCACAUUCCUUCGAGCACACGAGACAAGUUCUCAUGGAUGCGUUCGAUGCUCCCAACUUGGAGGCUAUCUUUGCUGAAAUCGACGACCAUCCUAUUGGCUCCGGCAGCAUCGCGCAGGUUUACAAGGCUCGUUUCCAUGGUGACAAGGAGUAUGUUGCGAUCAAGGUCCGACACCCGGAAGUGGAAGGGAGGUUACUCCUCGACUUUGCUCUGCUGAAUGCAGCAGCUUCACUUCUCAACUACGUCCCUGGCAUCCAGUGGAUGGGAAUACAAGAGACUCUUGUCCAGUUCGGUCACACGCUGGGUGCUCAGGUCAGGUUGGACUUCGAAGCAAUCAACCUGGAGAGAUUCAAAACAAACUUCAGAGCGUGUCCUCACAUCACAGCCUCCUUCCCGAUUCCACGAGAUGGAUUGCACGCUAGUCCAGAAAUCCUAAUCGAGUCCUUUGAAUCAGGACAUUCUGUCGCUUCCUACUGUGUCGCCGCAGUGACAGCAGCUGCAGAGAGAGCAGCCAAGGCUGCCAACCUUACACAGAGCGAUACUGUAAACUUGCCUCCGCGCAAGUUUGUCAGGAGAGUCUCUGGCAACUUCCCCGAGAAGACGCCAGACUUGACGGAGCUCGUUGUGGAACAAGUUACAAAGCAUGAACUGCAACCACUGGCGCAGCAACAUGCGACUCACGUUGUGCAGACGGGCAAGGAGACAUAUUUGCAGAUGUUGCUCGCCGAUAACUUCAUACACGCUGACAUGCAUCCUGGAAACAUAAUCCUCAAGGAGAAGAGUGGUGAACCUCCCACGCUGGUGCUGAUCGACGCGGGGAUGGUCGACGUCAUGACGUCAUCAGAGCAAGACAACUUCAUAGGGUUGUUCAAGGCCAUGGGGGCUGGCGACGGGUUGCGGGCGGCGACGCAUCUCCUCAACUUUGCUCACGAGCAACCUUAUGCUGAUGUUGAAGGUUUUCGUAUCUACAUGGACUCACUCUUCAAGAAGAAAUGCAGAGGGUUUGGAACGAAUGUGGACCUCGGCGAUGUCCUACAAGGCGUUUUAGAGGGUCUCAGACGCCACAAAGUUCGCGUCGAUGCGCAGUAUGCAACCAGUGUCGUCAAUCUCCUCUGCAUCGAGAGCAUCGCCAGUGCAUUGGAUCCCAACUACAACCUUUUGGACGAGUCCGAGAUGCUCUUGUACGCGCACUCUAUCCUUGGCAAGGAGAGCAUGGCCAUGAUCUUGGCUCUGACGGCUCCUUCUAUUACGUGGUAUCGAUCCGCGAUCUACUUGCACAAGCAGAUGGAAGAAACUUGGCAGAAAGUGCGGAGGACGAUAUUCCCUGCUGUCUUGCUCUGA